AUGGCGACACAGCUGCGUUACCCGGGCAAGGUGGUGAUUGUGACCGGUGGCACCUCUGGUAUUGGUCUGGCCGUCGUGAGAGAAUUUGUUCGCCAGGGAGCCAAUGUGGUCUUCUGUUCAAUACCAUCCGAAGCGGAAAAGGGGAAAGCAAUUCAGAGAGAGCUGCAGGAUUCAGGGUGCCCAGGAGAUGCUUACUUCGAGGUCUGUGAUGUCCGCAAGGAGGCAGACAUUAAGAGGUUGAUUUCGGCUACUCUGGAACGUUAUGGGUGCCUCGACUGCUUGGUGAACAAUGCUGGAGAUGCUAGAAUUGACAAGAUAGAUGAUGUGACUGCCCAAGACGUCCGCAACGUCAUGGAACUCAACACUCUGAGCAUUUUGUUAGCAUCAAAGUAUGCGCUGCCCUACUUACGGGAAACAAGAGGAAACAUCAUCAACAUGGCCAGUAUUAUUGGUGUGAUUGGGCUGAAAAACAGAGUGACGUAUUCCCUAAGCAAGGGUGCGAUUAUUGCAAUGACCAAAACUCUGGCCAUAGAUGAGAGCAAAUACGGAGUCCGAGUCAACUGCAUCUCACCAGGUAGUAUCUGGACUCCUUGGUGGGAAAGGAAUGCAAAUCAGACCCCGAAUCCAGAGGCCACACUCCAGGAACUCAAGAGUUAUCAGCUACUGGGACGUUUUGGGACCCCAGAAGAAGUGGCUUUGGCUGCCCUGUAUCUUGCCGCUGAUGGAACUUUCUGCACUGGUUUCAACCUUAUACUCAGUGGUGGAGGUGAAGUUGGCUUUGGGAAGAAGGCCCAGGUGGAUUCUGAGCCUGACGCAUGUGCAAGUGGAAACUCACAAGACUCCUUCAUCAAGCAAUAG